GCACUAGUUAAUCCCCUUUCGUUGAGAAGAGUGGUCAAUGUUUAGUGCCAAACCAUUAAUUGUUUUUCUUUGUGAGGUUUGCUAUUGAAAAUAGAUAUGAAUAAUCUUCUUUGGAUUGGAUGGAACCCGCCGUUCUUAGGAUCGUUACUAGCCUUCUUAGUAACUGUUUUUUACUGGAUUUGGAGUCGAUCCCGCUUUGUACGUCUUGUCAACGCCCUGCCUGGCCCAGUCGCUUUGCCUCUGCUGGGUAAUGCGUUGGACCUGAACGUUCCCCAUGACGAGCUGCUGAAGAAAUCGGCCUUCACUUGGGUACGUAAGUAUGGUGGCAUCUAUCGCGUCUGGUUCACUGUCCGUCCAUUGGUCGUCAUCGCUUCACCUGAGUUAAUGGAGCCAAUUUUUAGAAGUUGGAAACAUAUUUCAAAAGGAAAUAGUUACGAAGCCUUAACCAUAGUCGCUGGAAACAGUUUGCCAGUGGCACCAGACGACCAUUGGAAAAAAUCUCGCCGUCUCCUUAACCCGUCUUUUCACGUUCCGGUUCUCAACACCUACAUGGACUUUUUCAACGAAAAAAGCUACGAGUGCGGCAGAGAUUUUGAGAAAGCCAUUCAGAUCAACAAUGGUGCAGAAUUUGACGUCUACCCAUUGAUGAACGAAUACACAACCAGAGCAAUUUGUGGAAGUACCUUGGAGUGCAAGUCAUUUCCACAAGAAGCGAUGCAGACCUUGUUGAAUAAUUGUGAAGGACUUAAAAGAAUUAUCCAAUACCGCUUCUCACGACCUUGGCUCAGAAGCGAUUUGCUUUUCAAAUUCACAGCGAUGGGUCGGGAAAAUGCACGGUUCGCAAGAGGCAUCCAUGACUUCGGCAAUAUGUUAAUUCAGAAGCGACGAGAAUUUCUAGACAGAGAGGCAAAAGCCCAAAAUCAUUUACCUAGCUCGACAUCUGGUUCGUCAAACAGCGAAGUUGGUAACGAGGAAAAUGUUACGCCAAGAAAAAAAUUAGGCUUCAUUGACCUUAUCCUAAAGGAAUCUGAUAUUAACAAUAAUUUCAGUAAAGACGAAAUAAGAUAUGAAGUCAAUUCAAUAAUGAUUACGGGUCACGAUACGUCUGCUUUAGGUUUGACAUGGUUCCUUUACAACAUGUCAAGAUACCCUGAGCACCAAAAACUGUUAUCGGAAGAGUUGAACGCAGUAUUUGGAAACUCGGAUCGUCCGUGUACGGUGCAAGACGUGGCUGAUCUUAAGUACCUCGACUGUUGCGUCAAAGAAUCUUUAAGGAUGUAUCCUAGCGUGCCUUUUAUCUUGCGUUGUCUGCCAGAAGAUACCAAAAUAGGUGUUUACAACUUACCAAAGGGCCUCAUGGUUGGACUGUCCAUAGUCGGCUUGCAUUACAAUCCACAAGUGUUCCCUGAUCCCGAAGUCUUUAAACCGGAACGUUUCUUUGCCGAGAACAGCUCGGGCCGCCAUCGAUUUGCCUAUAGCGCUUUUGGUGCUGGACCUCGUAAUUGUAUCGGUCAAAAAUUCGCUUUGCUUCAAAUGAAAGUGAACAUUGCUCAUCUGAUCCGGCGAUUCAGCUUUUCUUUGGCAAAUCCCGCAGCACCACUAAUUCCGGCUCUCCAAGAAACUACGCUAACUCCAAAAUAUCCAAUUAAACUUAUCGUUUCGAAAAGAACUAAUUGAAAAACAACGUUAAUACCAGCGAAAUUUCAGAUGACGUAAAUGCUAUAGCAGAUUACUGUAGAAUGGCCAGGGACAAAAUAUUAAAUUUAUAUAUACUGUAAAGGGAAAUUUAUGAAUAAACGUCAUACCAGUGAA